AUGGUCAAAGCUGCCCUCGUCCCUCUUGCUGUUGUCGCCUCCGCCGCACAGGCUUUCGAAACCAAAAUCAUCAACGGCAUCGAAGCCCCCAUUGGCAAGUUCUUGUACACAACGGGUUUCCACACCGAGGACAUCAGCGGCGCCUACUGCGUGGGGGCGCUGAUCGCCCCCAAGUACGUUUUGACCGGCGCCACGAGCGCCCACACGGUUCACCAACUGUAUUUGAGUUCGCAGAAGACCGCCUUCAAGUACAUUGAUUGCUGGCACGUGCUUAAAAUGCAACCCAAAUGUCUUAAAUUGGCCAAGUGCGAAAUCAAAGAUCGCAAUGCAACCAAGCAGCCCGCUGACGAGGCGGACAACAAGGACUUUGACCUUGAAGGCCGUCCCAGUGGAAACAAGUUGGCAAAGCGUAUGCUGAAGAAAGAUGAGUUGUUGCAAAAGUCAGUCGCCAUCCAAGCAGAAGUCGCAGAGGUAUUCAUUCCAAUUUAG